AUGUCGAGGAGUGUGGUGUGUAACAGUGCUUCACUGCGCGGUGUACCGUCAGCAUUGAGUCCAACAGUGACGCAGUUGUCCUUGUCUCGGGCGGAUCUUCGUGUAUUACGUUCUGACGCAUUUGCUCACCUACGUCAGCUGCGCCGUCUGGCGUUGGAUGCCUGCAAUCUUACUAAGAUUCGCCCUUUUGCCUUCCGUGGCCUUCCGCGUCUUCGUGAACUCUACAUACAGCAUACUCCUCUUGCUACGGUCGAUGCAUUUGCGUUUGCUGCACUUCAGAACAUAACUUCAAUUGUGCUAAGCCAUAAUAGAAUAGCACAGAUCGAGGCUUACGCUUUUGCAGGCACUAAUUACAUAAAACUUGUUUCUUUACGCAACAACCCUAUCAAGCGAAUAUUGGCACAUGCGUUUUCAGGAUUAAAUGAUGUCGUACAGAUCGAACUACCCUCUGGAAUUAGAUCUAUAGAACCGCAAGCGUUCGCUGGACUUGAAGGAAUCGGUACACUAGAACUGGCUUACAUGGAUUUGCCAGCACUUUUGCAAGACACUUUCCGUGGUUUGACACGCGUAGGUCGAUUAGCGUUGCGUGAAUCAGAUUUGGGCGUAAUUCGAGUGGGUGCGUUUGAUGGCCUGCAAAGAGUCGAUGUAUUAGAGAUUUGUAAUAACAAGAUUGAUGCAGUGGAAGAACUGGCAUUGGUGCAAAAUAACAGUGUUCGCAGUUUCAAAUUAACCGGCAACCAUAUGUUGGAGUCGCCAGAGGCGGUGAUCUUGGAAGUAGAUGAUGUUGUGAUUAGUGGAAAUCAUUUACCUUGCGAAUGUGGCCGUGAUCCUCUAGCUAAUCCACUCGCGUUAACGCCGGACUUCGCUGAAGAGAACUAUUGUAUAUCGCCUUUGAAGGUGCGCGGUCGCAGUUUGGCGAGUGCAGCAAGCGCAGGGGCCGCAUGCAGGGGCGAGGCGGGUGGCAGCGCGCGGGCGCGGGCUGCAGCCGGGGCGGGUGCACUCUUGGGCGUAGCGCUCGCCCUCCCACAUCUCGUUCUCACAGUAACCGCGCUCGCUUUUUUCGCCGGUAGUUAA